UCCUGCUCUCUCUCUGCUCGUGAUCCACCACAAGAUCUAACUAACCAUGUGUGAUGAUGGAAAACUAUUUGUUGGAGGCCUGAGCUUCGAUACCAACGAGGAUAACUUACAAACUGUCUUUGCCAAGUAUGGCCCGAUCUCAGAGGUUGUUGUGGUCAAAGAUCGUGAGACACAGAGGUCCAGAGGCUUUGGGUUUGUCACGUUUGAAAACCCAGAAGAUGCAAAAGAUGCCAUGUUGGCACUGAACGGAAAGUCUGUUGAUGGCCGUCAGAUUCGUGUUGACCAGGCAGGCAAAUCCUCCGGUGACAGAAGAGGUGGCAGAGGGGGCUCUGGUGGCAGAGGAGGAUAUUUCCGUGGAGGCAGAGGUGGACGAGGCGGUGACCGUGGUUAUGGUGGAAGCAACCGAUUUGAAGGCCGAAGUGGAAAUUAUGGAGGCAGUGGGGGGUCGCGGGAUUACUAUGGAAGCAGGAGUCAAGGUAGUUAUGGUGACCGUUCUGGGGGUUCCUACAGAGAUAGUUACGACAGUUAUGCUGCACACAACGAGUAAAAAAUCCUUCCUGACUCAAGAUCGUCCUUCCAAUGGCUGUAUUUAUAAAGAUUUUUGGAGCUUCGCAGAAUCGUUAAUAUGUAGUUACUACUUGUGUUCACUUUUUAUAAAGAAAUCUGUUAGUUACCUGAAAGUUUAAUGUGGAAUAGCUGUGUCCUAAAAGAUUGUUCAACGGGCACUUAUUUUUGUUAUGACACUUAAGUUGCUGUUACUUAUGUGGAUAGGAUUUGUCCAGUCAUAUUUUUUAGCUGUUAAGGCUGACCUGGCAGCUCUCUUGUAUUUAUACAGAGUCCAUUGCAGAGAGCAUUGCCACAGCAGGGCUACUGCUCAUAGAAGUUAAAACCUUGAUAUGAGCAGCUCGUCUAUUGUAUCUAUUAACUUCUCCAGAAUUCUUUUUACUACGAACUGCUGUAUAUACUCCACAGGGUCAGACCCUGAAGUUUUAUUUUUUUUCUUCAUACAUUCCUUUAGUGUAACAAGGUGAGGCAGAGCAUUUGUGUGCGUGCUGUGUAAAUAGUGGCCAAACUUCCUUGGUAUACCUAAAGUGAACCUUUGUAUCCUCCAGUAAUAAUGCUUCAAGAAGUUCUUGGAAAAUGUUUGUUUAUAUUGCCCUUUUUUUUACUGGAAGAAAUGCAAAUCCUGUAUUAAAAUGGUUACAGAA